ACGUCACAGCCAGGAAGCAGCGAUAGCUCCGUGCGAGAAUGUUGUUUUGAUUAAACGGUGCAUUUCAGGAGUUUAUUCCCAGUUCUAACCCGUUCUUAUAGCUGAAAGGCAGGUGUUGGUGACACCAUGGCUCCACUCCUGUUGAACCACCUCGUCAGCUCCCUAACCCGCCAUCUAACCCAGAUGACCCGGAUAACCCUCAGCCGAACCUACCCAAUCACCACCAUCUCCCGAUGCCUCUCCUCCCUCACAUCCUACCCAGUCAGAGUGCUCCUGAUGCCAGGUAGACCCAUCCAGCCCUUGGCCUUCUCACCUGGAUCUUCUUCCCAGGGUCGGGUCGCCCUCCAGGGCCAGUGUCAGCACCUGGCCUGCCUCCAGCCCGCUGUAGGGAUGAAAACCAAGAGCGCUCUGAAACGCCGGUGUAAAGACUGCUUCUUUGUGGUGCGGCGGGGACGUCUGUUUGUGUUCUGUAAGGCUCAUCCCAGACACAAGCAGAGGCAGGGAUGAGGGGGUGAAGAGGAGCAGGGGUUGUGACGAUGAUUUGUGUAUGGUCCUGUCAGUUGUUUGUUACUUUAACUGUAUUGCCACAUUAAAGUGUUUGACUGAUUGACAGAU